GUCAGGUCUCGCCAACCAGUUGCUGAUCCAGUCCAAUUACUGAAGAGCCUCAUACAGUCGAUUUCAACCUAUAAGGUUGCCGUUGAACAGGAAAAGCAGCGUCGACUCACUUGGGAAAAGGAACAGGAGACAAAGCACCUUGCUCGCCAGGCGGAACUCGAGAAUCGUGUUGCGGAAUUGCAACGGGAGCUAGAAACACUC